AAAAAAACUGAGGCAGUCAUGUGCAGCGAAGCAAACAGGAUCAUAUAGAUUUGAGAGCUCAUCGCCCUCUUAUAAAAACUUUCAGAGCUUUUCAGAGACUUGUAUAAGGAAGAGAAAGAAGAGAGGCGAAAGUGAAAGCUGGGAAAUCUGAAAUAUAUAUCGAAUCCGAUAUCCUACUUUUUUCAGUUUCCAUGGUUUCUAGGGAGCACAAGAGGGCAGCACUCUAUGAAAAGCUGCAACUUCUUCGUUCUAUUACUAACUCUCAUGCUCUAAACAAAACCUCCAUCAUAGUAGAUGCCUCCAAGUACAUUGAAGAGCUAAAACAAAAGGUGGAAAGACUGAAUCAAGAUAUUGUAAAUGCACAAACUACUUCAUCGUCAAGUGACCAAACUUCGUUGCCUGUGGUUACAGUGGAAACCCUAGAAAAAGGAUUUCUGAUAAAUGCGUUUUCUGAGAAGAGUUGCCCAGGUUUGCUUGUGUCCGUUCUGGAAGCUUUCGAAGACUUGGGUCUCAAUGUGCUUGAAGCUAGGGUUUCCUGUGCAGACAGUUUCAGGUUACAGGCAGUUGGAGGAGAAAAUGAAGAGGAAGGUGAAAGCAUUGACGCUCAUGCAGUAAAGCAAGCAGUGGCAGUGGCUAUAAAAAACUGGAGUGAAAAUACCGAAAAUGAGUAAUCAAGAUUCGGUUGCUAUAUAUAGCUACCUAGGUAUGUUUGAUGAUGAUCAUCAUCAGUUUUCGCUUUCUUGGAUAAUGAUGUAGCUUAUCAAGGAAUUAAUCAAGCUUCAAACAACUUCAGUAUUAGAUCGGUUUUGUUGUAGUAGCUAGUUGGCUAGGAUGGCAUGAAUGAUAUGUUGAUUAUCAAGGAAUUAAUCAAGCUUUAAACAACUUAGUUACAAA